AUUUAAAAAAAGUUUUAAAAAAAUUAUAAAAAAUUUCGAAUCUGAAAAUAUAUAAUCUGGAAUUUUUUUUAUUUUUAUUUUAUUUAUUUUUAUUUGUUUAUUUAAUUUUAAACCAAGAAUAUUAUGAAUAUUUUACCAUUUAAUGAGUGUCAUUUUUGUGACUUUCUCCUUUUAUUGCUAUUUUUGAGACAAAAACUCAAAAUGUGCUAUUAUUGACAAUUUCCCUUUAAAUAACUUACUCGUCAAGAAAUAUUUAACUUAUGUCUUUGCGCUGGAUGCUUUUAACGUGAUUUUUGCAUGUAGGAUAGAUCACUCGACAAUUCAGCUCCUUCUUACGAUAAUUGUUAAAUCAAAUUAUCGGCAUAUGGUUAUUGAAAUACAGACACGCUAUUUCCGGACAUAUCUCCAGUAUGAAUUAAAUGGUAAAUCCUCUAUUUAUAUAUCAUAUGUUUAUAAUUCAACUUCCUUCUUAUGCUCUCUUCUCUGCACAAAAUCAAACAUCUCUAGUUAAUGGCUUCGAUCGGUUUAUUUGAAGCAUUCCUAGCUUUGUUUUGCUUUCUUAUCGUCAAUUAUUUUCUCAACAAGAAACCCUUUGAUUUCUUGCACAUCAAGAAAACCCUUCAAAGCUACCCCUGGAACUGGCCCUUCUAUGGGAUGACUCCAGGUUUGCUUGUGAGGAUCCACCGGAUAAACGACAGCGUUGAGGUUCUCGAGAACUCUAACAUGACGUUCCCAUUCAAGGGUCCAUGGUUUGCUGGGAAGAAUGUAUUAAUCACAGUCGAUCCAGCUAAUAUUCAGCAUAUAGUGAGCUCAAACUUCUCCAACUAUAUCAAAGGUGCAGAGUUCCAAGAGAUCUUUGAAGUUUACGGAGACGGGAUAAUCAACUCAGACGCCGAGCGAGCUAGCAAGCUGAAGAAGUGUUAUCAGGCCCUACUCCAUCAUCAAGGGUUUCAAAAGGAUUCAAUGAGCGUCACAACAAGCAAGCUCAAGGACGUGUUAUUGCCUCUUUUCAAUCAUUUUUCAGAGGCAGGAACGGUCGUGGACUUACAAGAUGUGUUCCGGAGAUUCACGUUCGACACUACCUUAGUUACGAUAACUGGGUCUGAUCCUAGAUCUCUCUCCAUUGACAUGCAUGAAAAUGAGUUCGUUAAAGCAUUAGACGAUGUUGCGGAAGCGAUUGUGUAUAGGCAUUUUACACUAAGAUUCAUGUGGAACCUCCAAAAGUGGAUAGGGUUUGGACCAGAGAAGAAGAUGGUAGAAGCUGAUGCAAUAAUUGAUCGUGUUUGUGCAAAAUAUAUAUCAGCUAAGAGAGAUGAGAUACAACAAGGGACACAAGAUGGAGCCACUUCCUGGUUUUAUUUUUCACAUGAAGCACGGUCUUAAAGUCACAUUUAAGAAAAGAUGCUCUACUUAAAAAUUGAAAUAAUGAAUGCUUAAAAUAGAUGUUUUAGAAGCUCUCAAAACUUGUAUAAAAAUAACAAGGUAAUGGUGUUUCAAGAUUGGUUAAUAGUCAGGACCGGCUCAGAAAGGGACAAGCAGUUCAACCGUCUCAGGUCCAAGCCCGUGCCUCCGUAAAAUAAUAAUUAAGAGAUUCAAUUUUUCUAUAAAUCUAUAUAUUUAUAUAUAUAUAAAAUAAAUAUUAUUGAAAAGGGCCUAAAAUUAUUUGAUAUGUAUAUCGUUUUAUUUUCAUUAUAAAUAUACAAAAUAUUACUGAUUAAAUUUUAAAAACAUUUUAAACAUUAUCUAUAUAUAAAUUUUAAAGGGUAACAUUUUUUUGUCCUAAGGCGUAACAAUUUUGAGCCGUCCUUGUUAAUAGUUGUUUUAUAAUUAUUAUGUUUGAUAAUUGAAAUGUACAAUAUUACGUUAAAAAUCAUGACUGGUAGUUAAAAGAGAUGUAUCUAAUAUCAUGAAUUUUCAUAAUAUAUAUUUUUAUAAAUUAUAUAUUUUAUAUAAUUAAUUAACGUAUACACAACUUCAACGAGAAAUCGGUGA